AUGAAAGCUGUGCGCAGAACCACUGCCGUCCCUUCCCUUUCUAUAUCUGUGCCACCGCCGGCCAACAACAUCCCUGAGAUUGACCGCGGCUCAGAGGGAAGGGAAUCCAACGAACACAAGCAGAAAACCGUAACCUUCUUGGGCGUCGAUAACGAAGAUAAGCCAGCCGAAGACGACGCUUCCUCAAUCUGCCACUCGCCCAGCUGGGAAGCUUUCGGUCAGAAGAAGAAGAAGGAAAAGAAGAACGAAGACAAGAUGCGCAGGAAAGAGAAGGAGCAAGCCGACAGGUUGGCCGAGAAAGAGGCCAAGUCUAUUGCGAAGAGGCUGGGAGCCAAGCUGCACAAGACCCCUCCUUCACAGAGACCUCCGAGUGCCUCCCGGACGAUGUCAAGCCCCAUCAUGCUUGCCGACGAGCAAAUCAGACCAGCCAGCACUCAAGCUUUCUACUCAGCACCACCGCCGCGGCGCCCGCAACACGCCAGGCAGAGAUCAGAUUCAGUAGCUAUGCAGUUGAAGGCGGCUUUGACCGGCCAGAAGCCGCAGUCACAGGCCAACGACGAGCCAAGCUUCAUUGGUGGGUUGAAAUUGGAUCAAGAAAGACAGGCCGCCUCUGGGAUGCCUCUCAGAAAGCCGAAUCCGCCAGUCUCCUUGAUGAAUCAGAGAGCUCAAUCGUUCGGCCCUGAGGUGAGAGUGCAAGUUGCUGGCGGGUUCCACCCUCCAACACUCCCGAGAUCUGCCUCGGAUGGACCCAUGUCUGAGGGACUGGACUAUGAUCGCAGCCUCAGACCCAAGCCACAGCAAAACUCGAUGAAGGUUCCAUCAUGGAAUCAGCCAUUGGUGUCUCCCACGGCACCACCUGUCCCGGAUGUCAGCAAGCUUCAGCAGUGGAAGAACAGAUCGACGCAACAUAAGGUACCUGUACCUACGGACAGCGAGGAAACUGAGGUCACCCUGGUCGAGCCGAGCGUUGAUUUCGAGCAAGAGCGAGGCCGAAGAAGAGAGAGCUACGUACACCAGCAUCGUCAACAAAGCAGAGACCGCUCAAUCACCGGCUACAGGGACGAGGUCAGAGUAUCUUCCGCCAGAUCACACUAUCCGCCGCAGUCCAACCGGCCACAUCAUCAGGGGCGCUCCUACUCGUCUUCGUCGGAGACCAGCCCGAUGGGAUCAAACUUCCCUCCCCGCAACGGAUCUCUGACCAAUCUCGAUGCUUCCAAUGGACCUCAUGGCCAGGGAGAAGACUUUCUCAUCACUUUCAGGCUCCCAUAUACACCUCCAGCCAACGGCAGCCCGAGUCAGGGCUCAUUCGAACGGUCACUGUCAGAGCAGCCACCCAUGUCAAGGCUUGCUUCCACAGAGAUUCCCUUGCCCCCUGAGAGAUCUGCCUCCCGGGAGAAGCUUCCUCCAACUCCUGGAGCGGCCAUCAGAAGCUUCAAGGAUGCCGCUAAAGCGGCUUUCCACAGGGUCUCUCCCAGCGCCUCCAAGCCCCCAGUCUCAAAUUACUUCGCUCGGGCCGUACGUGAUACCACCUUGACACCGGAUUCAACGUCAAGCUCCCGCUAUUCGAGCCCAAGUCUGGAUCACCUGCCGCUCUCGGCUCCUCCCGUUCGCCCUCCUUUCGUCGAGUCUGCCGAGUCUAGCAUGCCGUCAAGAGAUUCUUCCGCACGUCCAACAGACAGGUCUUCAAUGUCUUCGUUCGAGGAGCCCAUGUCUUCACCAUCGCCAACUACAACACCUGACUCGUCGAGGCCGCAGUCCGAGAAGGGAUUACCCCCUGUCGACGGGGAGGUGCGCAGAGUAGACAACGAGGCCGUGGUCGUCGACAACGAUGAGAGAUCAUACAGACUUUCCCACAAGGCAGCCAUGGCCACGACCUCACCCAUCGCCUCGAACCCGAGAAUCAGCCUUCCUCCGCAGAUCCCGGUGCAGAACCACGAGGCUCAUCUUUCUGAGCUGGAAGCACUUGUCUCUGAGAAGUUUGGCAGAAAAGCGAGCGUUGCCGAUUGCGAAUCUGACAGUGAUGUCUGCCUAACGCCUGGAUUCACGGACGGUUCCAAAUACGCUUCCGCAGCGGGAUCGCCAACGACCUCUGUCUCUCUGUCUAACUCUCAGGAGCUUGACCGGAGGUCUCCUCAUAAGGAGUUCGAGGAUGCGCCCCAGACGGCUGAGGAGCAAGUGAGGAGUUCCAUUCAGCGUCGCCCGAGCUUGUCUAAGAGCCGCUCGAGCCCUGAUUUGGCUCUCGACACGAGUUUCCUCCCGAAGCUGAAGCAUCAGCCUCUAGUUCCCCGGCCCCUGGUGCCGCCUCCUCCGCCACGCUCGGCCAAGCGGGCGUCUAGCCCGGCGAACAAGACGGUGGCACAGUCGUCACCCCUGUCAGCUGAUGCGAGAAAGUCCAUCGUCUCUCUUAAGGCGCCCUCGAAUCCGUCAAAUUACUUGGAACAGGCUCGCAAGUCCAUGCCGGUUCCCCCGCGAUCAAGUCGCGCGUCUCGGUCGUCUAUCGUGCCUCCUGAUGGCAACGUGGAGCCUGUUGCAAAGAUGCUGGUGGAAUGCUGCAGUUGCAAGUUCUUGCACGACCUUCCGAGCAAGGUCUAUGAGUGCAUGGCAAAGCCCGAUGGCAUGGUCGAGGACCGCAAUCUGGGCGUCAGUGGCAUCAUCUCGACCACGGUGAAGUGUCCUUGGUGUUCUCACGGAAUGACUACGAAGUGCUGCGCAGGAUAUGCAGCCGUUAUCUACCUCAAGGAGAAGUUGCAUUGA